UCGAUCGCUGAAACGUACAGUGAUGAUGAAGAGCUUCGCACGAAAAUUAUCGGCCGCGGUAUGGGUGCAGUCGCAAUGGGUGUGCUUGUGGGCUAUCCAUAUGGCGGAAUUAUAUAUUAUCUGCUGGGGAAGAACGCCGUUUUCAUUGGCGUAUUGAUCAUGAUCAUACCUGUGCUAACCAUCACUGUGACGUCGUCUCUUGUAAAUCAAGUCGACUACGAGUGUAUUCAGGCGGAAAAAGAAAGCGAUGUCAACGUUCAUCUCAUUACGCAAAUGCUGACUGAACCGGCCGUGAUCAUUGCAACAGGUGCCACACUUUUGUCAUCUGCUUCAAUCGCAAUUCUGGAGCCGACUCUCCCAGUAUUACUCGGCCAUACGUUUAAAACUCCUCGAUGGAAAAUUGGUACAGUAUUUCUCCCUGACAGCGCCGGCUACUUCAUUGGAACGUGUUUCUUCACUACGGUGACUCGCUAUCAAUCCAAGUUAGACAAAUUUAUUACUGAUAACUUUCUUACAAUAGAAAAGAAUUCGUAAGGUCGCUAUGUAA